AUAUUAAACUCAACUAUAAAUUUUUGGGUCCCGUAUUGCUAUUUGCAUGAGCUGAGCUGACUUGACUCUUCUGACAGCAUGGACUCAGUCUCAGUUUCUUCCAUCCCUCUUUCCUUCCUCUUUCUCUUUAUUUCUCACACUUCAACAACAAAAAGCCAUCAAUCUCUCUGAACUGUGAAUUAAGGCUUCAAAGGAAACAACACCAACAAACUUGUGUCUACACCACCGCAUGUAACUCUGCAUAUCUAAGUUACAUUCACACUCCUAUUACUUCAGGACGAAAACAAGUUCCCAAGUUGAUGCAGGCUUGAGUCUUCUGUUGCACUGAGUAGAGUGUUUUCUGCAAAGCUUACUUGUUCUCUCACUGAAUGCAGAAGUAGUUUGAUCAUGAAUGCAAAGGGGCAUAAAUUUGUGAGGUUUGGGGACUGGAAAUCAGAGUCAUCUUUUAGUAUGGAGCAGGAAGGUUCUGUAAACAAUGGAUAUCACAAGAGAAAAGGCAUACCGAGUGUAAGUGCUAUUUUGAAGAGUAUUGGAAGAAGACUCGAGAGUGGAACAGAGAAAGUGAAAAGCUUGAGAAGACAUUCCGCUGCUGUCCAUCCUUUAAGUGAUGGAAAGACAAAAAAGCCGACUUCCGGGUGCAAUAUUCUUGAUCCUCAAGGGUCAAUGCUUCAGAAAUGGAAUAAAAUAUUUGUAAUCACAUGUGUGAUGGCAGUUUCUGUGGAUCCGCUGUUCUUUUACAUUCCAGUGAUUGUUGGUAAAAACAAGUGUCUUGAUUUAGAUGGAGCAUUGCAGAUUACUGCCAGUGUUCUACGCACUUUCUUUGAUCUGUUCUACAUUCUUCACAUAAUCUUUCAGUUUCAAACGGGGUUUAUUGCUCCUUCUUCUCGUGUUUUCGGGAGGGGUGAGCUGGUUGAGGAUCCUGUGGCCAUAAUGAAAAGAUACUUAAGUUCACACUUCAUCAUUGACAUUCUAUCAAUUAUUCCACUUCCACAGGUGCUUGUUUUAGCUGUAGUUCCAAACCUGAAAAACUCAUAUCCAUUUCUAGCAAAGGAUUUGUUGAAGUAUACAAUAAUAAUCCAGUUAAUUCCGAGGCUUCUGCGGAUCCGUCCACUAUUCAAAGAAGUAACUAGAACUUCUGGCAUAUUGACAGAGACAGCAUGGGCUGGAGCUGCUUUUAAUCUAUUUCUGUAUAUGCUAGCAAGCCAUUUGGUUGGAGCUUUCUGGUAUCUCCUUUCAGUAGAAUCAGAGGUGCGGUGCUGGCGUCGUGAGAUGAAGAAUGCUACGCUCUUUCAUGAGUCCUACUUGGGCUGCAAACCACGCGAUCCAGCUAUCUUUCAACUUCUAAAUCGUACUUGCUCAUUGAUUGACCCUGAUCAAAUCAAUGAAGAAAACAUCUUCAACUUUGGAAUAUAUUUCGGAGCUCUACAAUCACGUGUGAUAGAUUCAACAACUGAUUUUCCUCCGAAGUUCUUCUACUGCUUUUGGUGGGGUUUGCGGAAUUUAAGUUCUCUUGGACAAGACCUCAAGACAAGUACUUAUGUCCCAGAGAUAAUCUUUGCAAUCUUCAUUGCCAUCUUUGGAUUGGUCUUAUUCUCAUUACUUAUUGGGAACAUGCAGGAAUAUCUGCAAUCUACUACUGUUAGAGUGGAAGAGAUGAGAGUGAAGAGACAGGACGCAGAACGGUGGAUGUCUCACCGUAUGCUACCUGAGAACUUGAAGGGAAGAAUUAGAAGUUAUGAACAGUACAAAUGGCAAGAGAAUAGGGGUGUGGAGGAGGAGACAUUAAUUCGUGACCUCCCAAAAGAUCUCCGAAGGGACAUAAAGCGCCAUCUUUGCUUAGCUUUGGUUAAAAAAGUUCCACUGUUUGAAAAAAUGGAUGAGCAGUUGUUGGAUGCAAUGUGCGAUAGACUGAAGCCAGUCCUUUUUACAGAGAAGAGUUGCAUUGUUCGCGAGGAAGAUCCAGUUGAUGAGAUGCUAUUCAUAAUGCGCGGAAAAGUUUCUACUAUGACAACAAAUGGCGGCAGAACUGGUUUCUUUAACUCCUUAGAUCUAGUAGCUGGUGACUUCUGUGGAGAGGAGCUUCUAACAUGGGCUUUGGAUCCUAAUUCCUCCUCAAAUCUACCAACUUCAACAAGAACAGUCCAAACAAUUUCAGAAGUCGAAGCCUUUGCUCUCAUGGCUGAUGACUUGAAGUUUGUUGCUUCCCAAUUUCGACGUCUAUUUAACAGCAAACAGCUCCAGCACACUUUCAGGUUCUAUUCCCCACAAUGGAAAACUUGGGCUACAUGUUUCAUACAAGCAGCUUGGCGUAGAUAUUGUAAAAAGAAAAUUGAGAGGACAUUGCGUGAAGAAGAAGACAAACUAAAAGGUGUUCUUGCAAUUGAGAAUGGAUCCACUCUAAGCCUUGGUGCAACCAUAUAUGCAUCAAAGUUUGCUGCAAAGGCAUUACGAAACUUGAGAGAAAAUAGCAGACAAAGCAGAACGCCACAGAGACUGCUACCUCUGUUACCUCCAAAGCCAGCUGAGCCAGAUUUCACUGCUCAGAAACACUAGGGGUACAAUAGUUUUGAGCUAUUUAAUGCAAGUUCAGCUUUCACUAACUACUAAAUAGGAGCACUCAAUUGUGUGCAUAUAUAUGUAACUUGAGUGUUGCUUAAGAAUUCCUUCAAUAACUAUGUGUUAUGUAUUGGCAAGAGUUCCCUUUGAAAAUAUAAUAUUUUUUGAACA